GGCCUGUCUUUAUAUAUAACGACACCGGGCAGCGGAGUGUGCAUAUCAUUUACAGAUCAUUCCAACUUUUCGUUUCCAGUCGUAUAAGCCACCGUUUUACCCACCGGAAAUACACAUUUCCGGCGAAGAAAAAGGAUGGUGCCGAUGGCGAUGGGAAUGGGAAUGGAGGCGGUGUGGGGGACGCUGGGCUCGACGGUGGUGACCCUCAUGCUGGUCUGGGCGACUUUCUCCCAGUACUGCCCCUAUGAAGUCCGUACUUUCCUGAAGACCCACACCAAGAGAUUCAGAAGGCUGUUCUACCCCUACAUCCACAUCUCCUUCCACGAAUUAUCCGGCGACGAUUUCAGGGGAGGCACCUCCGGCAACAUGUACAAGGCCAUCGAGCGCUACCUCGCCGCCAAUUCCUCCGACCAGGCUAAGCGUCUCAAGGCGGAGGACAUCAAGGACUCCCAGGCUCUGGUUCUCAGCAUGGACUAUUUCGAGGAGGUCACCGACGAGUUUCAGGGGAUCAAACUCUGGUGGGUCUCCGAGAUGAACCUCCCCACCAGCCAAACCAUCUCUUUCCGCGGCGGAGAUGAGGUCAAAAAGUUCUUCACCCUCAAGUUCCACAAGAAGCACCGCCACAUCGUCACCGGAGCUUACCUGAAACACGUGCUGGAGCAGGGGAAGGAGAUCACGGUGAAGGACCGGCAGAGGAAGCUGUACACCAACAUCAGGAACGACGGAACAUAUUUCAGCCCUUACCGGAGGAUGUGGACCCAAGUCGCCUUCGAACAUCCGGCGACCUUUGAGACCAUCGGAAUGGACCCCAAGAAGAAGCAAGAAAUCAUAGACGAUCUUAUCACCUUCAGCAAAUCAAAACAGUAUUAUGCCAAAGUCGGGAAGGCGUGGAAGCGCGGGUAUCUCCUCCACGGCCCUCCGGGCACCGGAAAGUCCUCUAUGGUGGCGGCCAUGGCUAAUUUUCUGGAAUACGAUGUGUAUGACCUGGAAUUGACCGCCGUGAAGGACAACACGACCCUGAGAAAGCUCCUGAUCGACACUUCCAGCAAGUCCAUCAUCGUCAUCGAGGACAUUGACUGCUCUCUGGAACUCACCGGCCAGAGGAGAGGUAAACCAGAGGAAACAGAGGUAGAAGACCCGCUGAAGAUCGGGAAAGAGAAGAAACCUGAAGAGAAGAAGAGCGAAGUGACGCUCUCCGGUCUUCUGAACUUCAUCGACGGCCUCUGGUCCGCCAUUGGAGGAGAGAGGAUCAUCGUCUUCACCACCAAUUUCAGGGAAAAGCUCGACCCGGCUUUGAUCCGGAGAGGGAGAAUGGACAAGCAUAUUGAGCUCUCCUAUUGUGGAUUCGAAGCCUUUAAAGUGCUCGCUAAAAACUACUUGGAUGUUGAAACGCAUGAGCUUUUCCCGACGAUCGAACGGUUGCUGACGGAAACGGAAAUUACGCCGGCGGAUGUUGCGGAGAGCUUGAUGCCGAAAUCGGGCGAGGGGGACGAGACUACUUGUCUGGAAGCACUGGUUGAGGCUCUGGAGAAGGCUAAGGAAGACGCCAGAGUGGAAGCGGAGGAAGAAGAAAGGAAGAAGGUGGAGGAGGAGAAAGCGAAGGAAGAUGCCAAAUUGAAAGGAGAGGAAGAAGAGAAAAUGAAGGCUGAGAAGGAGAAAGCUUAAGAACCUGCAAAAUUGAAAUAUGAUGAUGGAUUCGAGCGAAUCAGGCCUUGGAAAAUUGUAAGCCUUAAUUAAUUAAUCACUAAGGAGAUUCACAGUGUGUUCCUUUUUGAAUUAACAUAUCCUAUUUUGAUUUAUUAGUUAUAUCAAAAUUCAAAUAUUUUAAGAUCUUACUGACACGGAUGAGGGUUAUGUUAGCAAAAGAUACUUUUAUUUUGUUUGCACUUUGUUUUUUAUUUUUUAUGUUUUGGAUUUGUACUUUGUCUUGCCUGUUGUGUUUUUCCAACAAAAGAACUUUAGAACUUAGGAUAGGAGACAAGAAGUUUGAAUUGCUAUCAUUGGUUCAGUUAAGCCCAAAGCGGAUCAACGAAUUAUAUUCCUUCUACGGAGAUCAUCAAUUCGAAGUCUGGUUUUAGGGCGGACGGUAGACAGAAGACUUGAUAUCAAUUUGUAACCCACCUUCAUUCUGUUAUGAUAAGUUAAGUUAGUUUCGUUAAAAAAAUCUUACUAACUUUCUAAACUUUGAAUGCACUGAAUGAGAUUCUCUAAUAGGUAUAACCUAUCGAACAUCGUUGUGGGAUAACUCCUUUCUUCUUCCUACGGCCAUAGUCUAAAGUUUUCCUAGUUGAGUUAUUUUUGGCGGAGAUUUGAUUCUUCUUGUUCGGUGUUUAUUCUUGUUCUAAGGAGACCGCACAUAAAGCUUUCGUUUACCUCUUUUUUUCUCAUGAUUGUUGUCAAUCUUAAAGGAGGCGUGAGUGCGGCUAAAUCUUUUGGAAACGAAUCCAAGGUUCAAGAUAUGAUAAUCAUGUCUUCUAUGGAAGUUCUAAAGCAGCGUUGUCUCAUUUCUGCAAUUGAGGAGGAGAUCGAAGGGUUAAUUUUUGGCGAAUCAACAUGGGUAGAGGGUGAAUGGUUGAGCAAGGGAGAAGACAGAUCGACGCCCCCUGAACCGCCUCCUUGGAGCGAUCGAGAUGUUAGAAUAUGGAAAGAUUUAUCAGUUAUUUAAUUUUUUAUUGUUUUAUUUUCGCAUUUUUAUGUUGCUCCGUUUUUUGUUGAUGUCUUUAGUUUUAGGUUUACAAUUAUGAUUAACAAUUUUGCUAGAUAUUAUGUUGUUGGAAGAAUCUAUAUGACCAGUAAUUGUUGUGUCUAAUCAUAAGGUUGAUAGUGCUAGUUGGUUAGGAAUAGUUGUUGUCAGGACGAUCUUUUUGUGUUUGUUUUAGCGAUUCAUUUUAAUGAUUUUAGUAUAAAGCGCUUUGUUUUUUAUGAUUAAAAAAACUUUGAAUGCGCUGUUUUUAUUUCUUGCGUCCC